ACAUCAUCGACAGAUCACCAACACGACUCACCGAGCAGCUAACGAAGCUAAAGUUCACUCGGUGCUAUGUUUUCUACCGUGCUCACUCUUGAUAGCAAACACAAGAAAGCCUCGCACUCAACGCGAUAAUAGCGACAGAUACCGUGAAUAUCGUGUAAAUUAGCCCCGAAAAAGGCCGCUUUAACUUCAGCUCUUGCGGGCUAAUCUGUGUUUGCUAUGCUAAACACGCUAGCCUGGCUGUCGGCUAUGUGUGUGUAUGUGGGUUAUUGUGAUGCUAACGUAGCAAGACAGCCAAACCAGGUCACACGGGUGCAGAGUCGAGCUUUUUUUUCCCUCCUCACCAACUGUGGCUGAUUUGAUUUCCAACAUUGUCAUUUAUCUGGGCAACGUUAGCACAACCACCGAGUAACUCAACGCUCAAAUGCGUGUGUCUUUGUUUGAGAGACUCGUUUUUUUUAUACCGGCGUCUCAUUGUUGUUCAGCUGGCGGUUAGUUAAUGCUGCCAGUUCUGGUCGGUGCUGCUGCCCUAGAUUUUUUUCUUUCUCUCUCUUUUUUAGUAAAUCAGUUCACGACAGUCUGUGCUAUUUGGCCAGAACUGCGGAAUGCUAGCUAACUGCUAGCGGCUCCGGAUGGCUCACGGCUGGUAGGAAAAACGGGAUUUGGAUGAGUUCAACGGGGAAAAUGACAACGUGACUACAUACAGAUACACCAUAUAGAUACAUAUUCAUUCCUCCCUGUCGAUCCUCCUGUUUCUGGGCUCGGUGGUUCGGUGACCUUCUACCCAUGAGCAACUAGAGCUCAACCUCUGACCUUGGCGUGAUCUCUCACCUCUUCUAACAAACCACGCCCACAGGUGAAGUGUGUAUGGAGCAGUGUGAGAGCGCAGCGGCUCUGCUGGAGUCGGUCAGGGAGCAGGAGGUGCAGUUUGAACAGCUGACCCGGGCGCUGGAGGAGGAGAGGAGGAGAGUGGGCCUCCCUGCCACCAGCCCCUCGGCGCUGGGUCGCCCCCUCCCUCACACACAGAACGGGCGUUUAGGGGAUGCAGACAUAGAACGACUGAAACUAACUGACUCAUACAUUAACGGCACACAGUACAGGAUGGUUGACCCUGCACACGGCGCUCUAGAUGAGAGCUACACACCGGAGGACGACUCCCAGGAAGUACACUCAGUCUUCUCUGAAGAAGGAACCACACGACGGUCAGACAAUGGGAUGAAGAAACCAAUCUCACGCACAGUCCUGCCUUCCGACUCAAUGUCCAUCGACGGGGGCUUGUCAGUGUCGGGUAUGGGUGGCUACAGCGCCACACUGGACCGUCCUUAUAGGCAGGUUGGAGGAGGAGACUAUCCCACCGCCACAGUGCCCAGGAACUACCACUACGGCCCUGUAAUGGGUUAUAAUGACUACCAGACUCCACCAUCUGAGGCGUACACCAGCCUGAGCAGGGGCUCACACAUGGACGACCGCUACAGGCCGGUCGAUGGCUACAGGACUCUGGAUUCUGGCUACCGGGCCCCGAGCCGUCAGCAGCUGGACCCCUAUGCAGCACAGCCCCAGGUGGGCCGGGGAAUGAGGGCCAUGGGCUCAGCCAUGGAGAUGCGGUAUGGCCACGGCCACUACGGGCUUGAGGAUGACCAGAGGAGCGUGGGAUAUGAUGACUACGGCAUGGGGCCUCCACCCAUGCACCCUGGAGGUUACGGCACUAUGCCACGCCUUGGACCUGGCCCCGGUGGUACUAUGGACAGACGAAGACUCAGGAGCUGUGAGGAUACUUUGGACGGUGAUAUGGGAGGAGGUGAUCCGUAUACCUGGGGCGUUCCCAUGACGAUGGAGAGGGGGAGUAUGGCUUCACUGGACAGCACACUGAGGAAGGGUCCUCCUACUUCAUGGAGACAGCCAGAGCUGCCGGAGGUGAUCGCCAUGUUGAACUACCGUCUGGACCCUGUCAAGACCAACGCAGCUGCCUUCCUCCAGCAUCUCACAUUCAAAAAUGACAAGGUUAAGUCAGAGGUGCGUCGCCUGAAGGGAAUCCCAGCCUUGGUGUCACUGCUGGACCACCCCAGCAAGGAUGUGCACCACUCAGCCUGCGGAGCGCUAAAGAACAUUUCAUAUGGACGAGACCAAGACAACAAGAUCGCCAUCAAGAACUGCGAUGGAGUGCCAGCUCUGGUCAGGUUACUGAGGAAAACCCACGACCAGGACCUCACUGACACUAUCACAGGAACCUUGUGGAACCUCUCAUCCCACGACUCUGUAAAGAUGGAGAUCGUGGACCACGCCCUGCACGCCCUAGCUGACGAGGUGAUAGUGCCCCACUCGGGCUGGGAGCGAGGGAGCAACGGAGGAGAGGAGAGCUGCAAACCACGCCAUCUGGAGUGGGAGACCGCCUUGACCAACACUGCUGGCUGCCUUAGGAAUGUGAGUUCAGAACGCAGCGAGGCCAGGCGAAAGCUGAGGGAGUGCACAGGAUUGGUGGACUCACUCAUGUACGUCGUCCAAUCACAGAUCAACCGCAAAGAUGUGGAUAAUAAGUUGGUGGAGAACUGCGUCUGCCUCUUGAGGAAUUUGUCCUAUCAGGUUCACCGUGAGGUCCCCAGCUGUGAGCGCUACGCUGAGGCCGCGCCCCUCAACCAGGGACCCGCACCUGGCGCCAACAAAGGUGGCUGCUUUGGCUCUCGAAAGGGCAAAGAUGAGUGGUUUUCCAAAGGAAAGAAGGAUGGAGACGAUGGAAGUGGAGACCAAGUUGACAUUCCAAAGAGGACAACACCUGCCAAAGGUUAUGAGCUGUUGUUCCAGCCGGAGGUGGUUCGUGUUUACACAUCACUGCUCAGAGAGAGCAAGAAUCCCUCAGUCCUGGAGGCUGCUGCCGGUGCCAUCCAGAACCUGUGUGCAGGCCGGUGGACGUAUGGUCGGUAUAUUCGGGCCACGGUUCGUCUGGAGAAGGGUCUUCCCAUGAUGGCAGAGCUACUGGCUCAUGGCAAUGACCGUGUGGUUCGGGCGAUGUCCGGAGCCUUGAGGAACCUUGCCAUCGACAACCGUAACUGUGAACUGCUCGGUUUGCAUGCAGUGCCUCAUCUUGUGGCCAACCUCCCUGGAGGCCAGAGCCAGUCUGGGCGCACUCUAUCAGAGGAGACGGUCGUGUCUGUACUGAGCACGCUCGCCGAGGUGCUAGGCAACAGUCUGGAGGCAGCAAAGACCCUUCGAGCCUCGCAGGGCAUUGAGAGGCUGGUGCUUAUCAAUAAGGACGGCAAGCGCUCCGAUCGUGAGGUGCGGGGGGCCGGUCAGGUGCUGCAGCUCGUCUGGGCCCACAAGGAGCUACGUCGGCCUCUUGAGAAAGAUGGCUGGAAGAAGACGGACUUCAUGGUCAACCUCAACCCCACCACCAGCACCACCAACGGCCCGAGCACCCGAGCCAACGGCACCUAUGAAGACAGCACCAUGCCGCUGCUGGACAGAGGGGAAAAGAGGGACAUGAUCCCACUAAAUGACCUUGGCCCUGAGGCCUACUCUACACUGGACCAGAGGGAGAGGAGACACACUCUGGAUGAGACCACAGACACUUUACCGCGAGGGGUGUAUGGGGGCAGAAAGGGCUCCCUGCCCCUGUUGGACUCCUACGAUGGUUAGCCCUCCCCCUCCCCUCUACCCCCCUCUGCAUGUAACAGCAUGAAAAACUGAUAGUGUGCAUCACCCAGACUGGGCCGUCCCUGCCCUACCACUGCUACUGAGGAGAGAAGAUCCAGAUGCACGGACUCUCUCCCUCCUCCUCCUCCUCCUCCUCCUCUUCCUCCCCCUUCUCCCUUCUUCUAUUUUUCUCUCUCUACCACCAGACAGAUGGGACUAGGAAGAUGAGAGUUGGCAUCCAAAGAAAGUGGUUGUGUGUUGCAGGCAAAAAAAGCGAGGUGCAACACACGCGUGCAGAUUACAUUACACACCUACUUUUUACAAAUUCAUUGUAGCAACAGAAAUAUAUUCCGUUUGUUUUUAAAUUAUAAUUAUUCUGUAAAGGCAAUCACUUUUGUUGACAAUCAUUUAAUUCUGAUGUUGUCAUCCUGCUUGUUUUUUUUUUUUUUUUUAAAUUUUUCCCUGCUAUUGUCAUCUUUUUUGGUAAAUUUUGUCUUGGUCGACACUUUGCUGCCAACACCCGCAUCCUGAAUUUGUACGUAGACUUCUAUGUAGGGUAUAUACUGUAUAUAUAAAAAGAAAAAUGGGAUGACUGCAUUAGUUUUGGCUCAUUAAUUUAAAUCGUCCCUGUACUGGGAUUGUUGGGAGGUUUUGGACGUACCGGCGGGACGCGGCCGCCCUGUAGAUUGAGAAUGUUGUUUAUAUAGGAUUUAUUUUCCUGUCUAGAAUUAUUUUCUCUCGGUUGGGAUGGGCACAGAAGAAGACAAGAAAGGGCAGGUGUGUGUAUAUUUGUCAUACAGUAAACCUGUGGCCGUGAGUGUGUGUGUGUGGAAAAUGAAUAUGGACCUUUUUGAAUGAGUGUGUGUGUGUGCACGGACCAGACCCAUAAGACCACAUGUUGUUCAUUUCAUCCAUUCAUAUUGUCUGUUUUUUAAUCUUGCGCUCCCACUCCAGUGACAAUAUUUUAUUUUUUUUUUUAAAUGUUAGUUUUUUUUGUA